AUGAAGUGUACCGUGGUCCGUCAAACCGCCUGGCGCACGCGAGCAAUCUACGCUGGAUCCAUAUUCAUCAUAGCUGCCUGGUCUGCUGCCCUCGCCUACUUCAAGGUAUCUAACGAGAAUGCCAAAAAGAAACAUCAUGGUUGGGACCUCUGGUCUUGGACCUGCAAUGCUCGACAUAGGAAGGGCGAGGUUAACUGGAAUUCGCUGUGUAUUGAAAUGGAUUAUUGCUUUAUUGCAUGUAUCGUGGUUGUUACGAUGGAAGUUGUUGGACUUAUUACUUUUGUCUUUCUUCGCCCCACUGCUCAACAUCAGGGCAACUAUGGAGUGCUUAAUGGCUAG